AUGGCUGGAGAGAAGUUUCGACAUGAGAAUAUUAUGCCCUUGAUUGCUUAUGGGGAAGACAAUGAUAAGUAUUAUUUAGUCUACGAGCGCAUGUCUAGCAAUCUUGCUGAUGAUAUAGCAGGCAUUGCUCAAGGAUUGGAGCACAUCCAUGGGAAAGGCUAUGUGCACGGGGAUUUUAAGCCUCAAAAUAUUUUGCUCACACAAGGAAAGGAAGCAAAGAUCACUGACUUUGGGACCCUCUCAAGGGAUGGUAGUAGAGGCUUCUGCAAUUUUACAAGGGGCUAUUCUGCCCCUGAAUUGGCUAUAGGUGCUCCACCAACAAAGAAAUCAGAUGUUUUUAGUUUUGGGAUAGUAUUGAUUCAACUACUAUCUCGAAGCAUGGACCUAAAGAGGCAAGUGAAAAGGGGCGAAGAGAAGGAAUUGCAGGAGUGGGCAAAAGUUCUAUUUGAAAUAGCUGGAAAACAUGUGGUUCACAAUAACUUCAUGGCUGUUGAAUCUUGUGCUAGUGAGGACAGCGCUUUAGCUUUGACGGAGCUUACAAUCAACUGUACCAAAAAACGCCCUGAAGGUCGUCCCACUAUGAAUGAAGUGAUUAGAACGCUCAAUGAUCUCAUUUGA